CAUUGCAGCUAAAACAUAUUUUGUAGUUAUCCAGGGGUUUCAACUUAGCAUAUAAAUAAAACUUUUCUUAGCUCCACUUGCAGCAGGAGUAGCCUUGUUAUUGUCUGGCAAAAAUGACAAACAGGCCAAAUGAUCUUGGUGUUACACAACCACGAUAUGGUGAUUGGUCUCAAGAAAGACUUUUAGGAUCUGGAGCAUUUGGUAAUGUCUACAUGUGGAAAAAUUUGGUAACUGGCGAAGAGAUAGCAAUAAAAAAAUGCAAGAAUGCGACUGGUGAUAUGAUGUCAAGGUGGCAAACUGAGAUGAGACUUAUCAAAGAUAUGAAUCAUUCAAAUAUUGUUUCAUUCAUUGCAAUACCAGAAGCAUUAAACAAAGAAUAUCCUAAACAGUAUUCACUAGGAAUGGAAUACUGCUCACUUGGUGACUUGAGAAAGUUGAUGGCGAGGGCUGAAUAUUGUUGCGGUCUGCCUGAACAUCAUGUCAAAGACGUUUUAGGUGAUAUUGGGUCAGCAAUUCAUUAUCUUCAUCAGCAAAACAACAUGCACAGAGAUUUGAAGCCCGAAAAUAUCGUUUUAAAACCAAAACCAGACUAUCCUGGACGAUACCAGUUUAAAGUCACUGAUCUCGGGUAUGCGAAAGAUCUUGACAACAGUAUGCAUAGCUUUGCCAUCAGCUUCGUUGGAACAUUACCAUACCUGGCACCAGAACUUGUAUUUGGUCAGGAGCACAAUCCGUCAUCCAAACCACAUUAUCAUUCGCAAGUCGAUUAUUGGAGUUUUGGCCUCGUCAUUUUUGAAUGCAUUACUGGCUAUCGUCCAUUCUUUCAACACAAUACUAUACCACCUAUGCAAGCUCUUCAUUUAGUCAAAGACAAAAGAGAUGAAGAUAUCUGUGCCUGGCUGCUUCCUAAUACACAUGAAAAGCAUUUCUGUGAUCAUAUUCCUUCUCCUCAUUCCCUGAAUGAAUAUUUUGCCAGGGAUGUUGUUAAAUGGCUCCAGUUAAUGCUAAGGGUGGAUGGCAAAAGACGAGGUGGUGUUGGUGGCAAAGAGUGGUACACAUUGCUCACAGAUACUAUCUUACCUAAGAAGUAUGUCAGAGUGCUGAACGUUUCAAACAUGAAACUUUUGACUUUUGAAAUCAGUGAGAAUUCAUUUUUGAGAUCAGUACAUGUUGAGAUUGAAAAAGAAACUAUCAUACCAAUCUCACAACAACUUUUAGUAUUUGAAACUGGAAAAAUUCCCAUCAGCACAAAGAGACUUCUUGAUCAACUCCGAGAAGUCAAUCCUCAUUCGCCGGAGUAUGCAGUGAUAUAUCUGUUCAAUAAAUCAGAUAGAGAAAGUCAACAUUACAUUGCAGAAAUACCGCAGCAGAUUCAACAAUACAUUGCAAACACAAAUAUUGAAAGGUCAGAAAAAGAUGAAAAGCACAUAUUAAAAAUCACCCUUAACGAUGUCAUAUCCAAAGUCCGAACUGGAAUUAUGUUUCACAAUGCUUUUUGUUCUCUUCUUGGCGUUGUGGGAACGUUCUCAAGUAGUUUGGAAGAAAAGUUGAAAGAAUUUACCGAAAAAACAUAUAAAAUAGAAGGAAAACUAGAAUUCUUUGCUGAAUCUCUGAAGACAGAUGUUGAGGAAAAUGCAGCUCAGGACAAUUCAGCUGGAAUAUGUGUAAACGAAAAUUUUAAACAAGAUUGUGAUAAAAUAUUGCAAGAUAUCGAGGAAAAGAAAAAACAGCUACGAGUGGGACAUCAAAUUAUCAGAGAAGCUCAGCAGAACAUCAGGAAUUCUUCUCACUACUCAGCUUUCAAUAACGAUCUGAAAGAUAUGAAUGACCGUUUGCAAGCCAAGAAGACCGAGUCAAUGGAAUUUUAUGAUAACUUUCGCAGGGAAUGUAAAAGAAUGGAAAAGAGUCACGGAAAGUCACCCACGAAUCAUCAUGAUUUAGGUACGAGAUUAAAGCUUCAUCGGAAGAGUCAACUUCAGACAUUAAUUAACGCACAUUGGAAAGUUGUACAUAAAUAUGUACAAGAUAUUUUGAAUAAUCAAAAGAAGUUUUUUAAAGCUAUGAGGUCCUUUGUAAAAUGUCACACAGCCUUACAAGAAACACUGUUUAAAAUUCAGAAUAAGUCAAUGGAAUAUGGCUGUUUACUGAGUGAAGUUCAGGAAAAACAAAAAAGUCGACAACAUUCAUUGUGGAAUAUGUUACAGCACAUGAAGGAUGUUUAUAAUCUCGCUAAUGAACAUGAUGUUGACUAUGACUUAAGAUAUUCUGUAAAUCAGGAAGGUUUGAGACUCCAGAACUUGAUGGAUGAUUUAACAGAAGAUCCUGACGUAUCUUUUUUGUUAAAUCCGCAUCAGUUAUUACAAACUAAUGAUCUUGGUCAUUCUUCGGGCGACACUAUACCAGUCGAAAAUCAACAUAACAAUCCACAGGUCAAUGAAAUUUUAACUAAUCAGGAUUCUCAAUCACAACAUCCUGCAGUUCAGAAUACGAUAUCUAGCCAAAGUUCCCUUCCCUGCCAUCCGUCCACUGUGCAAAAUAAUCUGUUACCUGAGAACCUGUUACCUGUUUGAAAAGUGAGCGCAAGUGUAUUCCAGCCUAUCAUUCCCUUCCGGUACCAAGUAGGGAUGGGCCGGGAUUUCGGAUCCGGACUCGAGCCGAAUCCAGGCAUUUUUUAGACCCGGAUUCGAUUUCGAGUCCACGUCGUUUUUACCGAGUUUAUAAUCAAAUCUGUUUUUACUAAUUUACGC